AUGCAGAGUUCUAAGUCGAAAAAAUCUUAUGAAUUCGACGACCUUUUAGCCAUGGUUGGCGGCUUCGGUCGAUAUACCUUUCUUCUUUAUGCAUUCAUGUGUGUAAUGUCUCUUCCCAUCGGACUACAGCAACUGGUCCAAGUGUUUUACGGUGCCACUCCAAAGUAUUCCUGCGUUGCUUUUUCGAACGCACAGGGAAACAACACUUGUACCGUUCUAAAAAGUGGAACGUGCUGUGAAAAAUGCACCGACUACAACUUCAGUAAUCGUUUGACUAGUGCAGUCACUGAGGUAAGGAGUACUUCUUAAUUGAUUUAAAAUCCCUUAGAUUCACCAGUUCCAAACAGUAAGCUGAAUAAGAAACCUGAAUAUUAAAGUAAUUGCUUCUCUGUACAUUUUACAUCGUCACCUGAAAAUUAUUGGGGCAUCUAAUACAAUACUUAGAUAAGCUGGAGUGCUCUUGUAAUCAGUUUAAGCUGAAAAGACAGCAAUAAACAAAGGCUGUCCUGACAUAACUUCGUCAUCUGUUGGGCCCGUACCCAUUGACAAUAGCAUGAAUUACGUAACAAACAAGCUGAUAGAGAAUGGUUCUUCUCCGCCUGCUAGCGGGAAAAUUCUCUGAAGGUCUCCUGUAUACGUCUAGUUCAUCGUUCUAAACCUAGUUACGUUGUUUAGGAGAUAAUCGCGAUCAGGGCUACUAUUUUUUUUUCGCUCAAAGGAACUUGAGAUAAAAAUGAAAGUUACCCUUCAGCGUCUAUCCUAUUUGCCAGAUCUGCGUCAUGAAUGUUGAAGAAAAUUCCUCCUUCCGUACCCAUUUUAAACUCGUCAGUAUAAUUUCUGCGCUAACAGUAAACGUUUCAAAGCAUAUAUAUCUGAGAUAAUCAUCGGCCGAAUACAGAGUUCACUUAUCGUACCGAAGUUCCCGUACUUCUAAAGGAAGCUAUAGAAGGAUGAAGUGAAACUAUCUAUCAUACAGUGGUCAUAUGAUAUAAGAAAACUAAUCAAACUUCACCUCAGAUUUUCUUUUAAAAUUGUGAAUUAUACCUUCAGAUAAACCUUCUCAUAAAUGCCGCCAAGUAUACGAGUCCAUUUAUCGAGGCUGAGCUGAAAUCAAGUUACCGGAAAUUGGAAAAAUAUUCUUUUAUUAAUACUUUUCCGAACUUUUAUAAUAUUCUUGCAGUUCUAUUUACACUGCACGCUGCAUGUCCUGACGGAAACACCAAACUGACAUCGCAAAACUUCCGUUUUUCUUGCUUGGUUAUAUAUACAUGUAGUUAACCCGUCGACACACCGAAACCCGGACAUAGAGUUUACCUACUCUUUAAUGAAUAAGGACGAUUUCUUUUGCAGUACACGUAGUUCUAUUCCCUGUAUACUUCCCUAUACUUUUACGAAAGUAAUGCAUCGUAAUACACAUCAUAAUCAUAUUUUGUCAGUGCAAUAUUGAGCUUUGUGAGGUAUACAAUACAAAAGGCGACAAAAUUAGUCAAGACACUUAAAUCGCGAGGACAUUUCUGAAGUUUUGCCGACACAAUCUACUUCAAAUUAAACGGACAAAUAAAGCUUUACCUCACCGCGAGGACAUUUCUGACGUUUUGCCGACACAAUCUACGUCAAAAGUAGUCUGCUACACAGCCGUUUUUAGUGUCGUCACGCAAAAGGGACAAAUAAAGCUUUACCUCACCCACCCCCUCUAAACAAUGUUGUUCCUCUGCUGCUCAAGUAGGAAACGACAAACAACCUAAUUUUGAACGGAGGGGGAAUAGAAGGGGUACAAUUUUGUGAACGGCUGUAGCUCUAGCAGAGAAGCUAAGAAAAGUGUUCACUAAGCGAUGAUAUGAGUUGUCAGUAAGCGAAGAAUCCUGAUCCUAAAGAGCGCAGCACGAAUGUUGUUACAAAUCAUUGUAUAAAUUAGGCUCCGGAUAUUUAGGCUUAUACCCAGCUUAUAUGCAUUAGGUAACUUAUAUUGGAUUUCACUUGACUUCGAAAAUAUAUUCAGAACCGGGGAUGCAAGUUCAAGCCACUACGUUGCUUUGAAUAUGGUUUAAUUUAUCAAGGGUUACUGAAAAUGUAACUUAUAUUGGAUUUCACUUGACUUCGAAAAUAUAUUCAGAACCGGGGAUGCAAGUUCAAGCCACUACGUUGCUUUGAAUAUGGUUUAAUUUAUCAAGGGUUACUGAAAAGAAAAAGAACUCAAGAAAAUUAAGGGCUCGUUUAGCCGUUUUUUUAGAACCAAAUUAAUUUUAAUCAAGUGAGUGCCCUGUUAUUGGCAGUAGAUAUUGAGAUCUGAUAAUGGUCGCUGAAUAAAAAUACCCAGAUUGUCUUUCAAAAUCGUCAUCCAGUACUUGCAAUAUGCAACAAGUCACGAGGGCUUUGUUCACUAGCUCUUGAGAUGGAGCGCGAAACCAUUAAGCCCAAUCAAGAGCCAAAAUUGGGGAUAGGGAUUGCAAUAUCUAAUAUUUGUACUUUUCGUAUGGUUGCUUGAAGCUGUGUACAGGUACAUGUAUCUCUGAUUAUUGUUUUUGAGUGCAAUAUUUUUCUGUCUGUUCAGACAAUAUCGUGCACAGAAUACUUAGCAGCUUAUUUUUACCUUGGUAACAAAAGCUUGCGAUGACAAACGCUUAUGCGUAGACUAUUCAGUCUCCUAUUUUUCCGUAAGGUCGUCGGGAUCGAGCGUUUCACAUUGAAACCAAGAUUCCUGCCCAUAAGGGUAGAUGCCCCAAGAGGUGUACUGCGGAUUUGAAGUGACGGGGGAUGAUCGAAUGGGGCAAAAAUCAAAACCCGAAAAAAAUCCCCAGGGCUUCCAACAAAACCUCAGAAAAUCCCACCCUGGGCUGGGUACUCGAUCCCGACGAUCUUUAAAUGGAAAAAUAGGGGACUGUGAACAGUCUACCUAAGUAAAAUGCGACAAAGGGUGGAUCGUAGGCAGCCUUUUUUCCUCCGGCUAAGUUGACUAGGAAAUGGGUCAAACAAGGAAGACACAAAAAUGUUGAAUCGAAGAGCGAAGCUUAAGACCUUGAUGAUUAUGCCUCAAACUUUAUUUUUUUGCCUUGUUCAACUUUGUCAUGAUUUUCUUUCGCAGUGGGACCUAGUAUGCGAUAGAAAGCACCUAAAAGCUAUGACCCAGUCCGUUUACAUGGGAGGAUUAUUGGUUGGUUCAGUCGCCUUCAGUACACUUUCUGAUCAUUUUGGUCGCAAGGUCGCAGUUUUCCUCAGUAUCUUAAUCAUGGUGAGUAUUGAACGAAUCGUUUUUGAAAUGUGGCUGUUUGAAUUGUGUUCCGUGAAUACCUGGAACCGAUGCCAGCAAACAGUUGACGCUCAUUUUGUUUGACGUCAGAAGUUGGUGAACAAAGCUUAAGGCCAUGAGAGUUGUGUGGAGGAAAUCAAAAUAUCCAUCCUUACGACGAAAUAAAAUUAAUAUUGGAUGAAGUUUAAACAUCGUUUGUCCACAAUACAAAGUGACACAAAAAAUACAUGCGUGAUUCCGUGUUUGACAAGCUCCUUCACUUGUCGGCUAAUUAAAAACGUAUUCACAUUAACCAAUAUUCUGAAUUAGUAAAAUCCAACUAGUGGUCUAUCAUCAAUGAUGCAUUCUGAUUGGUUGAGCUACUACUAGGCUAUAUGUUAUAGCCCCCCUAGUAGCGAAAAGCGCGGGCUUUUUGGAGGCAAAAAAGGACUAAAGUCUAGCUUUAACUAGCUAAAUUUUUUUAUUCUCGAUAUUUUUGACCAACUAGUUGGAUUUUACUAAAACAAUUAUUCCUCUCGCCCUCAUCCCCUCUGAGUCAAUAGCCCAUUCGACCUUCGGCCUCUUGGGCUAUUGACUCGAGGAAUAAUUGUUAAACAUACGUACACCAACUGUGGCCAGUUAGCAGGGGAAAUAUAUUCAACGAAAUGAAAAACAAUAAAGUACCAAGCAGGAGCACCCAACGAGAAUAUAGUUCCAAAACCACUUAUACAUAGCAUUGUUGAACGUAUUUUAGUACUUAAACGGUAGAUAUAGGCACAUUCAGUACCCCCUAAAAAUUUUUCACCUGUUCGGAUUUCCUAGCUGAAAGUCUAGUGAUCCGAAAAUUACAGGGAUCAAAACCUACUUUUUCGAAAAUUUCAGCCAGAAAAAAGGCUCGCGAAAAUUCUAGGUGACCUUUUUAGGAUAAAAAUCCGUUAAAAAUGGGCAAUUAUACCAUCUUUUAGAUGUUCGAAAAUCCUAGGAGAGGCAGGCAAGCAAGCAAUUUUACAAAAAAUGUUCCGAAAAUUCUAGAUCUCAAAUCGUCUUCAGAACAGAUAUUUUCCAAAAAUUGACGUUGGGUGCCCCUGAACAAGCAUGAGGUGAGCUUAAAAAGGAUUAAAUAAAUUGGAUUACGACAUGUAUAUAAUUCCAAUUUUUCAAUUGGCCUUGACUCGACUUGACGGCCACUUAAUAUGCCAUUAUAUCACGCCUGGCCGCCAAAAAGUAUCCAUGCAUAAAUUGUCGUCCAUUUGUUUUAACAAAGUGAACUUAAGAAAGAAAUUAUCAAUAUUAGUGCUCGGAAAAGUUCAGCGGUUAUUACAUUUGUACUUCUAGAUAUGCGAUAGUUCUAGCUCGGCAAGUGAUAUCACGGCGCACGCGUAAAACGGAUCGCGUAUUUUCCGAGGUUUGCAUGAAUAAUUACUAUCCACAGACAUAUAGUACAGUCAACACUUGCAAAAAAGCGGACAUCUAAGUGACCGGCACUAUACAUAUGUGUCCGUCUUAGAGAGAUGUCCGUCUUAUAGAGAAGUCAAGUAAAUGGAGGAAAAGAAAUCAGUGCAUGACAGCCUACUCCUACUGUUUCUGCACUGUCUCUUGAAAGUGUGAGAAUUGUCAGUUAUUUGCUAUAAAGCUCGUAGGAGACCAAAAACGGCGAUAGCCCUUAAAACCUCGAUUUUGCUCGCAAAGCCUAAUGGGUACCCCACUUUUCACUGGUGACGUUUGUCAAUGGGCGCGUUUCUGCAACGUCCAUGGACCAACUCUAGGUGUCCAUUUUAGGGAGGUGUCCAUCUCAUACAAAGUCAAAGAAAAUGACUGAAGAACGACAGGGACUAACUCUAGGUGUCCGUUUUAAGGAGGUGUCCUUCUUAAAAAGGUGCCGCUAAGAUGAUGUUGACUGUAUUACGUAUAUUUUUUAUACCACAGGGUGUAGGUGGUACAGUUUCCGGCGUCGCCGACUGUCUUUCAUUGUUCUCACUGUUUCGUUUCGUGACUGGAGCUGCUACAGCCGGCUGCCUUCUCGUUCGUUUCGUCUACUGCAUGGAGAUCAUACAAAUUGACCAUCGUACUGCCGCAGGGAUUGUAAACAACAUUUUUGUCAGCAUAGGAUUUUCUAUGCUGUCGUUCCUCGCUUAUCUUAUUCGUGACUGGAGGUAUCUUAUGCUGACUGUGUCUCUACCAGGACUUCCACUGCUUCUCUGUUGGUGGUAAGAAUUUUUUGCUCGUUGCUUCCUUGCGAUGCAUGCUCACCAUUUUAAGAUUGCACUUGGUAACCAAACAUUUUUUGUUCUGUUCGUUUAUUUCAAAGGAUUAUUCCCGAGUCCCCUCGCUGGUUGAUCGCCAAGAAUCGUCUGGACGAAGCUCAUGAGCUGCUAAUGAAAUACGCGAGGAAAAAUCGAGUUGAAAUCGACUCAGCACAACUCAAACACGCCAUACAAGAGUUUAAGAAGGAAGAAGAAAGGAAUGGCAAUCAGAUUAAGAAAACCUAUGGUAUUCUAGACAUGAUCAGAACACCGAAGCUUAGGAAAAGAACUUUGAUUUGUGGAUUUAACUGGUGAGUCUGUACAUAUAGGUCAAUCUUGACAUGUGACUACUUUCGUGCUUUGGGCAUCGGCCAACUCAGUGAGGCGAAUGACUUCUCAGAUGGAAAAAACUAAGGAGGAAACGUUUCUCGUUCUCUGUUGCAAUCAAUGCUUUCUGCGUGUAAUUUGAGCGCACUUUAACACUUGACCAAUAUAAUUCCAAAUUUUUGGAUCCUUUUGAGUCUCUACACUGAGUUUCUGGUUCUCGUGCCUGUACCUCUAUGUAUACGCAGUCAUUUUUUUUAUUACAUCCUCUCAAGGUGCAAUGAACUAGUCGCUCAUCUAAAAGCAAAUCUAACGCAAUAAGCUUACCGUAAUAAUUCAAUCGUUCGAUUUAGCUCCAUUUAUAAUAUUGGGUUAGCACCCUCAUUCAAAUAAACGCCCCUAUACAAGUAACAGCCCUUACUACAAUAAGAGCCCUUAUUUUUUUUUCAGUGAUAGCACUGUUAGAGUACAUUUACAUUGAGAUCAGGUGGUACAUCAGGGCAUAAGCAAAUCAUGUAACAAUGAUCCCUAUGAUUGACGGAAUUACGAAUCGGACGAAGAAGUUAUUGACCUGAAGGCUUUGUUAUUGGUCAAACCAACACUGAAGCUAUCGACGUUGAACAGACUAGUUAGAAGAACAAAGUAGAAAAUAUUGGUGGUGUUUGAGGUGUGUUGUUUUUGGACAACAACUGCCGCGCCUGUUGCUGUUACAAAUGAGUGAGUUUUAAAAAAUCUUGCCCAUUUUUAUAGCAAGAACUCCCCCCCCCCCCCCCCCUGUGAAGUAUCAUUAGUAAAGAAGCUCCCCGGGCGCUUAAUGGAAGCAUUAAGGUAAUUCCCUGUUACCUCCUUCUUACAGGUUCGUGAACGCCUUGGUGUAUUUUGGAAUAAACUUGAACGUGGGAAACUUGGCAGGAGACAUGUACCUCAAUUUCUUUAUCUUGUGCAUCGUUGAAAUUCCCGGAGCAUUGUUACUCUGGUUUUUAAUGUCAAGGUAGUGUUUGUGAUUGCGAAACCCAAAAUUCUACCAAGCAAAAAUAAUCGAAAUUAGCGAACAAAAUCCCUCACGGCAACAAUAGAAAGUGUCCAUGUCAGUGACUAAACAGCUUAUUGAGGAAGGAAAUCGACAAUUAAAGUAAACUUAUGACUUGAAACUUUUAAAAGUAAUGAGGGAUUUUGGUGCUUUGCUGAAAUGUGCUUUGUUCCUAUUGUCCGUAACUGCGUUAGCUCAAUACAGUUUAUCAGUCUCACUAAAAACCGCCCAAACCAAUAGGUUUUUGGAGCAAUUGAUACCUACGAUCCAGUGGCGAAUUCAGAUCUUGAAGUAAGUGGAGGCCUCGCUCGUUCAGUGCCUUAGAUAAAAAGGGGGGCUGGCCUCGAAAAUAUUUUUUCAUGUCCGUGCGGACCUUGGAUUUGCCUUAUAAUACGGUGGGGGCCCGGGGGCCCCCCUAGAUCCACCACUGCUAUUCCCUUGCUAGUGUCCAUUUACAGAAACAUGUGUCUUUUUUGUAACCGAAGAGAGCCGUUUUACAAAGAGAAUGGAGAAAACGGUUUGAUGCAUUUAUCCCUUUGCACCAGUCACGUGCAUUUUUCCAGGGUCUGUGUGUUCUACUGUUUGCGCAUUUUUCAUAUGUUUAGUACCACUUAACUUGCCCCUAUUUUUUUCACUUAGCAGGCCUUCUCGUGUUUUUAGCAUACAUUUAAUGCCAUUUCUCCGAGAUUUAAAGAUUUUCAGCUAUUUCUUUGAUUGUUCGUGAAUGACCAGCUGAGUGACACCAGUUUGCUCCUUUGCAGA